AUGGAAUUGAUUGCUGCAUUGCGAGAGACGUUCGCAGUUGGCAAUGGGACCGUACAAAUAUUUCAUGACAUUUUUCAUAGGCACCUCAACAUAAUAAGAACCACUGGUAUUGGAAACUGCUUUUACGAUGCCAUAUCUAGAAACAUCCACGGAGAUGAAAAACACUCAAAGUCUGUACGAUUACUAUGUGCGAAUCAAAUUAUCACUGAUGAAGAAAUGCGCCUUCCGUUUGUUGAGCAUGCCCGUCUUUCCAGUUGUGACCCGUCUACACAAGAGUGCGAAUGCGAGGUGAAAGUGUCAUGCAUGCGAAACAUGGAUUUCAAGGGCCAGGUGAAGCUCCAUGCAAUGAUCAGACAAUGGGCAUAUGAAGUAACGCCUUACUACUUGGCCAGAGCGCUUCAACGUGGCAUUGUCAUUAUUAACAAUGUUGAUGAUUGCUUAGAACACGGUAUUACUCCCGAUGGUGACUAUAUUGACGACUUCAGAGUUCGUUCCGCUUACCGAGAUAUAGAUGAUCAGACUUUCUCCACAUUUUUCUCAGUAACUUCUGCUGGAAAACACGUACCAAGGGCCGUAUUCGUAGAUUUAGAACCUACAGUAGUUGAUGAAGUACGUACUGGAACUUAUCGCCAUUUAUUUCAUCCUGACCAAUUAAUCACCGGUAAAGAAGACGCAGCGAACAAUUAUGCAAGAGGACAUUAUUCCAUUGGUAAAGAAAUUAUAGACUUGGUUCAAGAAAGGCUUCGAAAAUUGGUCGAAAGAUGUGACUGCAUACAGGGUUUUUUCUUGUUUCAUACACUUGGCGGAGGAACAGGUUCUGGUUUUACCACACUUUUAGCAGAACAGUUAUCAGUAUGCUAUCCAAGGAAAUCUAAAUUGCAAUUUGCAAUUUAUCCAUCACCAAAGAUUUCUACUGCAGUAGUCGAACCUUAUAACGCCGUAGUUGGAACACAUAACACAUUAGGUAUUACUGAUGCCGCUUUUCUUGUUGACAAUGAAGCAAUUUACGAUAUUUGUUGCCGAAACUUGGGAAUAGACCGUCCAACUUAUACAAAUUUGAAUCGUAUUAUUGCUCAGACAGUUUCGUCCGUAACAGCUUCUUUGAGAUUUGAUGGAGCUUUGAAUGUGGAUUUGAACGAAUUUCAGACAAAUUUAGUGCCUUAUCCUAGAAUACAUUUUCCUUUGGCUACAUAUGCACCCAUAACAUCAGCGGAAAGGGCAUAUCACGAAGAAAUUAGGGUUGCUGACAUAACAAACGCAUGUUUUGAACCAGGUAAUCAAAUGGUCAAAUGCGAUCCAAGGCAUGGAAAAUACAUGGCUUGUUGUCUUCUGUAUAGAGGAGAUGUAGUUCCUAAAGAUGUGAAUUCUGCCAUAAAAUGCAUUAAAGCAAAUAGACGGAUAAAAUUUGUAGAUUGGUGUCCCACAGGAUUUAAAAUUGGUAUUAAUUAUCAGCCUCCUACUGUUGUACCAGGAGGAGAUCUAGCUAAGGUCCAUCGUGGUGUCUGUAUGUUGGCCAACACCACUGCUAUUGUCGAAAGCUGGUGUCGUCUGACUCGCAAAUUCGACAUGAUGUUUGCAAAACGUGCUUUCGUCCAUUGGUAUGUCGGUGAAGGAAUGGAAGAAUACGAAUUUUUAGAAUCGCGUGAAGAUUUAGCGACCUUACAAAAAGAUUAUGAAGAAGUUGCUUUAGACACUUGUCGGGACGAUGGCCUUUACAGCCGUAAAUAUGAAUUCUGA